AUGGCAUCUGUUUACAAGACUAUUUCGAAGAAGGCAGCUCGUCAGCUCGCCAAGGAGGAGGAGUUUGAUGAGGAAGAUGUCGAGAUGGAGGAACUUCUCGACAAUGCCGACGACACCACCGACAGUGAAAGCGAUGAAGAAACUACGACCGAAUCGGCCAAGAAGCAGCUCGCUCAGGGAUUCAUGCCCAAGACUCGUGUACUGAUGCUGACCUCCCGAGGUGUGACAUACCGCCAUCGACACCUGCUCGCCGACCUUGCGUCUCUGCUCCCUCACACUCACAAGGAAAGCAAACUCGAUACCAAGAAGAAGACCGCUGGAUACAACCUGCUCCUUAACUCUCUUGCCGACCUUCACUCCUGCAACGUGAUUUUCUUCCUCGAGGCUCGUAAGCAGGGUCAGGACUUGUACCUUUGGCUUGCUCGCCCUCCCAACGGACCGACGAUCAAGUUCCACGUCGCCAACUUGCACACAAUGGCCGAAUUGAAUGCUGGUUUCAGCGGCAACUGCCUCAAGGGUGGCCGUGGUCUUGUUGUUUUCGAUCGCUCUUUCGACGAACAGGGUCCGCUCAUGAGCCAACCCGGCAACGAAUACCGGGGUCUGAUCAGAGAGAUGCUGCGCGGGGUCUUCUGUGUCCCUAAGCGUGGUGUUAAGGGCAUGAAGCCGUUCAUUGACCGCAUCAUUGGUGUCUUUGGUGUGGAUGGCAAGAUCUGGAUCCGUGUCUACGAGAUCCGUGAGUCUGAGGCUGGAAAGAAGUCUGAGGAUGGUGCAGAUGCCAAGCCCGCUCCCAAGAGCAAGGACGGCCAGCCGGAGGUUUCUCUGGUCGAGAUCGGCCCCCGCUUUGUUCUUACGCCUAUUGUCAUCUUGGAGGGCAGCUUUGGCGGUCCUGUCAUCUACGAGAACAAGGAGUACGUGAGCCCGAACCAGGUCCGUCGCGAGGUCCGCAUGAGCAAGGCUGCUCGCUACGCCAAGCGCAGAGAUGUGCAGACCGACCGGUUCGCGAAGCGGUCGACCCUGGGACUGGGAGAAGGCGAGAGGAAGCCGGAUGCGCUCGACACGAGGCAACUGUUUAAGUGA